UAAAAGAAGAUUCUUAGAAUACGACGAAUGAUGCCGAGGGGGGAAUUGCGGCAUGGGGAACUGCCGCCGUAAUUAACAGUUAGAACUAAGCGCAACAAUUUUGCCUGUUUGGUUGGGUUUGGUUGAGUUUUGGUUAGAAUUUUUGGGUUAUGGCUUAACGAUUGGUUGACACAACUUUUGAAACGCUUAAACUAGCAGUUGGCGUAUGGACGACGCGUUGACCGCAAGUGUUUGGAAAUGUGGAUCAGAAAUAAAAGAAGAAACAAUACCUUAGCCGGUUGCUUACUCCUAUCAUUACUGCAAUGGUUAGAGUUAUGCUUAGGAGAUGUGCUCAAAGGGGGAGGAGGCAUUGAGCUGGCAACUGUUAGCCCACUAUUGAGUGUAGCAAAGAGUGAAAUUGUCAGCGAUGUGAGUUCAGACUUUGAGCAGCUCAUCGAAGCGAAGCUCAACGAAUCAGCCAGUGGAAUAAAGCCGACAGAAAAUCUUCUCUCCAGAAAGCGGCGUUAUUUACUAUUUCCCGAGGGCAGCUCCUUUCAAUUUGUUUUCGACGAGUAUAUUUGCGUAGUGGACCACACCAACUAUUUGGUGUUGGGCCUUACGGUUGCCCUGGCUUGGGAAUUGCCCAGCAAGGCACCCAGUGAAGCGGUUGACGAUCUGUUGAACAAACUGGAGUCUGGCACAAUAGACGUCAGUCGGAAUGAUACUGUUUCCAACAUAACCUAUGUUGAUGAUGCUUCUAAGCCGGAACAAGACACUCAACAAUCCAGCAAUAAAAAUAACGACAACAGUAGCUAUAAGCACAACUAUAUCGACUUGUCCAACAAAGGAGUUGGGAACCAAUCUUAUAAUUCAUACUACAGCAGUUCUCCUGUUUUUCGCACUCCCAUGCAUCCGUUGCAUCUGUAUAGAGAUAGCUACUACAGAAGACCAAAUAUACCAGCUAGACGUAAAGACAAUUAUUACUACUCAUCCAACAGCAGUCCGGUGAGGAACCCAUUUGAUGACUGGUCUCAACCUUACAGUCCGGCCGAGAAAACACGCUUUCCCUAUUGGGCUCUAGCUGCGCAUUUAGAGGAUAUCUUACGACAUCGGAAUAGUUUUUAUAAUCGUGAUGAGAAUCAACAUAAGAAUGUCUACUAUGGCAAACCAAAGCCUCAACGUGUUCGCAAGCUUCCUCGUGUAUCUAGCCAAGCAAGGCAUUUCAAAAUUUAUCCCGUGUUUGGCAAGCGCAGCAUUCCGGAUGCUGAGAAUCCACAUCAUCGUCAGCGCAGAAGUGGCACAAGUAGCGCACACGAUACUAAUUUAAGUAGAUUGGAGAGCCACCAAAUCAAAUAUCAUCGCAACAGUCGACAAACAUUAUACGAAAGAAUUGAAAAAUAUCUGAAUAAACGCGGCGUAAAUGGACACCAGUGUGUGCUGCGUUCUUUAUGUGAGACCGGCCAAAAAUCGAAUGAAAAAGAACCCGGUAGCUUUGCCGGCGAACUGAUUCGAGCUGUGUUUACUAUCCCAGAAGCUUUAGAUCACGAGCCUGCUGCCUAUCGGGACGCACUUUACGAUAAAGCCCAUGCUCAUGAUGGUGACUGUGCUGCACUUUAUCCGGAAUGCAAGCAGUCCUUAUGGGAUGUUCCAUUCUUACAAUAA